CUGCGGGACAAACAAAGAAGUACCAUGCUACAUCUCUGAGAAAAUCGGAAGCUUCCUUAGCACGCUAGAGAGAAACAAAGUGAACCGGAGUGAAAGAAAAUCGACGUCACGAGAGACGAUCGGAAAGAAAGGGAGAAGAUGUCUUCGUACUUUCAUCUUCGGUGCUUCGUUCACAUUCACGGUCACGUUUACGAUUCUCGUACGAUCACGUAGCUAUGUUCCGGCGAAGGAGAGAGAAGAUAGGAGACGCGUGUUCAUCGGGUCUCGAGCUGUGGCACGAUUUAAACACGGAUCGAUAGAUCGUGUGGCUGCCACGGAGAAACCUAACGCCACCGAAUUACCGAGCAUAAAUUUGCCAAGAACAUUACCGCCGUUCUUACUUGGAAAGCUCGGAUGCAAAAACCGCGUUUCUCUUGGCACAGAUCCGUUAGCUGCCGUCGCGUCGUCUCGGCCGAUUUUGCUCUCUCGCUUGUUGCUAGUCACCUCUAUAACCUCGUUCCGUUUCUCUCCGUUAUAGCGCUCAUUCUGUUCUUCGUCUCACAUCGGCGCACCUUCUACUCCUCUCUUGCGUGUUGUUCAUUCACUAUCCGCAAUAUCAUUCACGUAUGCACUGCACCUUUAGAAGGUAGAACGAUAGCUGAUCGAUUUGUCUCAAAAUAUCGGUGUCCGAGUAUCGCUGGGCGGUUCUUUCGAUUUGUAGCUUAACCGUUCAAAGUUCAUCUGUUCACUUAACCGUUUCGCGAUGUUUCAUAGAGUUUCCCAAAGAAAACCUACGCUUUAUACAGUUACAUAGAACUUGCCGAUGUAAGUUCGAGCGUGUACAGUUUAUUUCGAUCAUCCUUUGGUCUUCUUUCUUUUUCUCCUCUUUUCUUAAGAUUUAACGAGUUUUGCGUAGCUGCAACCCUUCUGAAAUCCAUCCCUCGGUCGAUCUAGUUUUUAGUUCCCGUAAAAUGCACCGAGAUCUCUUGCCACGUAGCUAUCACUUUAGUUCACCUCGCUAGUCUGUCAUUCAAGUUGGUCUACCCUCCGUUAUUGUGCGCAGAGAUGUGAAUUUUUGCGAGACGUCGACGCGCUUUUGACGGUUUCGCGAACGUUCUCGUGAAUUCGAGCUUACAAAUACGUGAGUUGCAGUAAUAGCCGCGGUGUUAAUCAUGCGCUAUCCCCGAAAUGCAACAAGAUCCCACGAUCGAAUCUGCUAAAGCGUCAUUUAGUCGCGACGCAUUGAUUAAACUCACAUCUCUAGUUGCAGUGUGGUACUUGAUUUUGCAGCAUCGUACACGUACAUACAAACUUGCGUUGAACGUGUGUCAACUAUUUUCUACUAUUUAGGAACCUUGUGAACCAUUACGUAGCGAACCCUGUCACGAUUCACCAACGGUUGUAUCUUUGUCGCUUGCCACGAUAUCUUUCAUAGUAUUACCUACCGUUACCUAUAUCGAGUACCCUACAGAGGAAACAUCCCUAACGAAUCGGGCCACCCACGUCACAUAACCAAGACACAUCGAACGCACUCGUCUACACUCGUGUCACCCGGGAUACUUCUCCAUAAGUUUUGCAACGUAUGUGUAUGACACUGUAUGAUUGUACCUCCGAUUCUACGUUUUCUCUUUGAUCCUUCUUUCCAUUUCCACUUUUCUCUAACCGUGACCUUCUUCCAGGUGUUCAUGCUCGCUGUCUUUUUUCUAUGUUGUUACGUGUUCAACGUAUCCUCACGGUCACACGGUGUAUCGCAACGAGACUAGAUCCGUUUCCUUCGACCCUCUAUCACCCGAGCAUUCGCUUCUUAUCGGCUGCUCGAUCGAAGAAAACUACCGACUAUGUACUUGUUUCAUUCUUUUCUGUUAUCUCUGCCUCGUCGCAUUACGGUGUUGCGAUCGAAGUAUUACGAUACUCUUUUAAAUAUUCAUAAUUAUUCAUAAUACUUUUUGUCGAUUAGUGCCAAAUUUUGCGUAAACGCAGUUAAAACGAUCGUAUUUAGAAUCGUAUUUGUUGGGUAAACGGUACGUUUGAUUUUUUUGCAUAGACGGAAAUCCUCGUCUUCCACGAAACGUUAUCGUAGUCGACUUAAUUAGAUACUUUUUAUAAACUUUUUAUACGCGUUAUACUUGGCGGAUUCCAGAAAGGAUGUAGAACAAAAACGUACCUUCGACGAUCGAUGAAUUUUCGAAAAAACGCAAUUAUCGAUUUCACACAUUCACAUAUUUUCGAUUCUUUCCCAUUUUUACUUAAGAAUAAUCGUAGCUUUCGAGAAGCGGGUCAAACGAACGAUCGAUUUAAAAGAUGAUGAAGGAGGGAAAGCGAAGGUUACUUAUAUAUCAAGGAAGAUAACUCGUGUCCGUCGUGUCGGCGCUCCUCCAAUUUGUAAUUUGUACCUUUUUUCGAUCGUUUAUCAACAUACCGUACUUGUUAGCUCUCUCUCUCUCUCUCUCUCUCUCUCUCUCUCUAUACGUACACGCACAGAUACGUGCAAGCGCGUGUGCGCAUAUACAUACAACAAACAGACACACACAUACACAUACACAUGCACACAAGGAUACGGUCCGACAAUACGCGGUGAUUUUCCCCUGAAGAACUGAAAUUCAUGGUUCAAAGAAAAAGAGAAAGAUGAGAGAGGUAGGUAGCCUUAAAAAGGUCUUAAGCGUUAAAAAGGGGAAUCACGGCGUUCGAGGGAAGGGAAGAUAACAUUUCAAGCGUAGGAAAUCUCUAUUGUACAUUGAUUAUUGAUUAUUGAUACAUUAAUUAUGAUAAUAAUAAAUUAUAUACAAAGUCACAUAGCCAGAGGUUUUCUGUGAUUCCGUUUUUUGUUUUCUUAGACGAUUUCGUUUUAAUUUCUUCAACCUGUUUUUUCAACGUUGUCUUCCGUGGAUUAGGUUUUUCUUUCGAUUUCCAAUUCUUCCUCCACCUUUGUUCUUUACUCUCUUCCUCCCUCUCCGCCUUCAUCUAUCUUUCUCUCUCUCUCUUUCUCUCUCUUUUCUCUCUUUUCUCUCUCUGUAAUUCUCCUCACCAUUUUUUCUUUUCUUGAUUCAAUUGAACAUUAUUAUUAGAGGUAUCAUCCUAGUCCCUGCGCGUCGUCCUUUUUCCGUUCUUCAUUACCGUAUCUUUUUAUCGCACUCCCGGAUUCGUUGGUCGACCGGAUGACAAUACCAUGUAUACCGAGACAGAUAAGCAGGAGAAGGCCAAGAAACAGGAGAACAAUAAUUCUGUUUUCGCCAAUGAAAAAUCCCCUGAGAAACGUACGAACGGUAUGACGGAAACCAGCAACCCGAGCAUGGUAAAUACACCGGAUCUAAGCCCAGUGAAAAAUAUACGAAACGGAGAGAUGGAGGAUGCCGAAGUUCGAAAGACUAAAAGAUGGCCGACCGACAAGGCAUAUUAUAUCGCGAAGGAACUUCUUAUGACCGAGCGAACUUACAAGAAGGAUCUCGACGUUAUAAACGUGUGGUUCAGAGAGGAGGUAUCUCGAGAGGCUGAACUGGAGGGUGAAGCGGUUGUUUCGCUGAUCGAGCUUUUAGCGGACGUUCACGGGCCCUGCCUCCAAGAAAUGGAAGCGAGAUUAGAACGAUGGGAAAGUAACGCUCGGCACAACAUCGGCGAUUUUCUUUAUAACACCUUGUUGAACGUACUGCCGCUUUACGAUCAAUACCUCGAGAAUCUAAUACCCGUCCUCGAGAAGAUGGAAUAUUAUACGAGGACAUCACGUCGUUUUGACCAACUGUGCCGAGAUUUCGAGGCGCAGAAACAUUGUUAUCUACCGUUAACCUCAUUCCUUUUAAAACCAUUGCAACGAUUGUUGCAUUACAACAGUAUUAUCGAUAGGUUACUAGAUCAUUAUCCAAAAGAUCAUACGGAUUUCGAAGAUUGCCUAGCGGCAAGAGAUCGACUAGGCGAAACGUUGCUGGAAGGUCUUAGCAUAAUUAAUCAAGCGGAGAAUCUAGUUCAGCUUUGCGAAAUGCAAAGAGAUAUCAAUGGCUUUGACAAUUUGGUUCAAGAAGGUCGUAGAUUUAUUAGACAAGGCUGCCUGCAGAAGUACAGCCGCAAAGGUUUUCAGCAAAGAAUGUUUUUCCUGUUUUCGGACAUAUUAUUAUAUACAUUCCGUACUCAACAACCAACUCAGUGUUUUCGCGUUCACGGCCAACUUCCGUUAAAGGGGAUGAAGAUUCGAGAAAGUGACAAUAAAACUGGAUCGGACUUUGCGUUUGUAAUCGACCCUCAAGGAAAUCAGUCUUUAACAGUUGCCGCUAGUAACGAAGAAGAAAAAGAGAGAUGGUUAGAAGACUUGAAUAUGGCUAUAGCGCAAGCUGACGCAGAUCCAAAGAUGCCAUAUUUGAAUUUGAAGGCUUGUAGUUCAGCCGAUGAAAUGGGCGACGGUGUUGGGUUAGAAGGAGACCGAGGAAGUUGUGGAGGUGCUAAAGCUUCUCAACGAAGCAACACGACUGUACAUGUUUGUUGGCAUCGAAACACGAGUAUCAGUUACAGCGACCAAUUGCGAGCGUUUCAAAACCAACUUAGUGGAUUUCUGUUACGGAAAUUCAAGAAUAGUAAUGGUUGGCAAAAACUUUGGGUUGUCUUUACCAACUUUUGUUUAUUCUUUUACAAAUCGCACCGAGAUGACUUUCCACUGGCUAGCUUGCCAUUGUUAGGAUACACUGUAACUACUCCGUCAGAGAAAGAUGGUAUCAAUAAAGAUUUUGUUUUUAAGCUGCAAUUUAAAAGUCACGUAUAUUUCUUCCGCGCUGAGAGCGACUACACAUUUGGACGGUGGGUAGAAGUGAUUCGAAGCGCGACGCAGCAAAGCCAUGUGUCAAGUAGUUUUAAUGGAAAAGAAGGAUAUUAACAUACGUAUUCUAUAGAAUGCUGAAAUGAUGUUAACAAAACAUUUGAAGAGAAUAGCGCUAUAUGCACCACUAUUUCAAAGCGUUUUUCAUCUUACGAUAUAGUAUUAAAAUCGAGAAAUCUCAACAUCUUCAGGACAGAUCUAUGUUAGCAGUAACGUUGCGGCCUUAUUCUAGGACUGAAAUCAAAUUUAUACGAUUGAAGUUGUAAUCGACAAUCAAAUCAAAAUCAAGAGUAUCAAAAGAAAAUGUAAGAAGAUGAUAAAAAUAUCGUAAAAAAGUCAAAGCAUUCUGCUAAUCUCCAAAUUCGAUUAUUCCAAGAAUCAUCGAUGUUAAGAUAUGUCGCGUUCUUAUCGGUUUCCUUGUACUUUAACUGAUGCGUAGUUAAAGAUACGCUUGAAAAGGGUGAUAAUCUGAAUGUAAAUAUAAUUAUUUCGAUCCAAGUGGAUCGCAUUUGUUUGGAAUUUAUAUGAAUCUGAUAUACGAAUCUAAAUGUAUUUGGAUUACUGAUAAGAAUUUGUUGUCCAUCAUUCAAACGACGAAACUUCGAUAUAGAUAGUGAAAAAUGUAUAGAUAUUAGCGUAAACCUUGGACCAAUUUUAUAAUAGAAUUUCUUUAGUCAUCCAUAUAAAAAGACAAUAAUUUUGUUAGCGUACUGAUAAUUUUUUUUGUUAUUAAAUUAAUAUUAACAAGAGAUAUAUAGAGGUUAUUUCUCGCUAUUAUUAAGGAUUUUAUGAUAUCAUAAUUGUUUUUGCUAGGUAUUACUUUUUCGAAGUAAUGCACGAUUCAAUUAUACAAAGACUGGCUAUGUGAAUUUGACGAAAAAUUUAGUACAUGCAUCAUACGUGUCACAUUUGUAACGAUCGCAUGUAAUUAAAAGAAAGGACCUAUGCAAUAAUAAUAUGAACACACAUAUCCACGCGAAUGACUCAUCUAUGCGAAAAACAAAAGUCCAUAAUUUAAUGGUUAUCUGUUUUUUUUUUUAGUUAUUACGGUUGUUUUGUUAUAAUAUAGAAUUUAAUUUAUAUAUAUAUACACACACACACACACAUACACAUAUUAUAUAUACAUAGAAAUCAAAGAGAAAAAAUUAGUUUUAUACUCGCAAAACCGUACUCACAAGCGCGCAUGGGAUAUAUAUAUCUGAAAGGAUACCUCGUAAGAGAUACAUGGUUAUCUUUAGCAAAUUUUCGAAAUGUUCGUACAGAGAAGCAUCAUUCAAAUUGCCAAACUUGUACGUUUAUUUCAAAACAAUUGUAUCGUUUUCGCUUCGAUACAUUUGAUAACGUAGAUUCGAAAUAAGUUGUUAUGUAAUAUGAUGUAUCAAUAUUCCACAAUAAACGUACAUUGCUACUUUUAA